AUGCCUCCCUCUGAAAAUAGGCUGAGGGACUGGGCUGGUCUCGGGGACGGGCUGGCGGGGACGAUCGCCGACCGCGUCCUCGCCCACGACGUCGCCGACUACCUCCGCUUCCGCGCCGCGUGCGGCCCGUGGCGGCGGUGCUGCGCGGACCCGCGCGCGCACGGCGGCCUCGACCGCCGGUUCCACCCCCGGCGGUGGCUCAUGCUCCGGGAACCCCGGGAGCGAAUCGACGCCCCCAACCGCCGCCGCUUCCUCAACUCCUCCACCGGCGAGUGCAUCCAGGUGCACCUCCCGGAGCUCCACAACCAGGAGGUGCUCGCCCUCACCGCCGAGGGCCUGCUCGUCGUGCUCGACUGGCCGCGGAGCACCAAGGUGCACCUGCUCAACCCGCUGACGCGCCAUCUCACCCAGCUCCCGCCGCUCACCGCGCUGGUGUCCCAUCAGGGGAACGACGGCCUCCUUUUCACCGCCGCUUUCGACACCCACUUUCCGGCCUGGGGCUCCGGCGUUCUCAGCGAUGAUUCCACGGUGGUGCUCUCCUUCAACAGGCUCAACAUGCUCGGCAUGGCAAAGCCCGGCGAUGACCACUGGACGGUGUUGAACUUCCACAAUCUGCUGCGAACGGCUUCCUCGAUGAUCGCAGGACGGUUCUACUGUGCCACCAUUGACGGCGUCAUGGUGCUGGAGGAUCAGCCGCCACGCCUGGAGCUGGCUGCCAAGCUGCCUAUGCCGGUUUCCCCGAUGGCAGACACUCUGCACCUGAUGGACAGUGCCGGAGAGCUGACGCUGGUGCACCGUAGGUUCUCGCGACACCAUGACAACAAUAACGCGGCCAAGAGGAGGUACGACGUGUAUCGACUGGAUCUGGGCGCCGGGACUUUGUGCCGAGCCAACAGCUUCGGCGGCGGGGGACAUGCCUUGUUCAUCGGCAUGUACUGCUCUCUCUCGGUGCCUAUCAAGGCCUUCCCUUCUGGCGCCAUUAGAGGCGACACCGUCUACCUGAGCUUCGACAUUGCAGAGAGGAACCGAACUGAGGGCUACCGUCUUGCAGACAGAAGCGCCAUUAGCAGCGAUAGCCUGAGCUCCCACUCGGCGCUGCAGCCGCAUAAUCUUGUCGACUGUCUCUCCUUGUGCAGCACUGGUCGGAUCUGGUGUCACUUCGAAAAACAUCUUGUCAGUCAUUGUAGACGAUAG